AUGGCGGGAAUAAAACGCAGAGCUGAUGCUACGGAAGCCUCCAAUAGCAAAAGGACCAAGUCGAAGUCCUCGCCAAAGUCGGUGGAAGCCAAGGGAAAGUUGAAAACAGGCCAUACAUCUAAAGAUUCGAGAAUUACCGAGCUGGACAGCGAUGAAGAUAUGAUAGAUGACGAUGGGGAGGAGGAUGAAGUAGAUGAAGAAGAGGAAGAAGACAGUGAGGACGAGGACGAGGAAUUGAGCAAUGAGUCGGAUCUCGACCACUCAAAGAAAGAGAAUAACGCGAACGGCAAUUCAGAAAAUAGUAUAAAACCACACACUCUCUACGAUACCACAUCUAGAGAAUCUCACGCAAAGCAAAAAGCACUUGCACUAGAGCGCAAAGCCGCGAGACCCAAUGCCGAUGCCAUUGCGCGCACAAAGAAGAUCUGGGAGAGACUACGACGGAAAUCUCAUGUCCCCCGGGAGGAGCGAAAGAAGCUGGUUACUGAAUUAUACGCCAUCAUAACAGGCCGUGUGAAGGACUUUGUUUUCAAACAUGAUUCUGUCCGAGUUAUACAGACGGCUCUGAAGUAUGCGAAUCUGGAACAGCGAAAGAACAUUGCGGUAGAAUUGAAAGGCGACUACCGGAGCCUGGCAGAGAGCAAGUACGCAAAGUUCCUGCUUGGAAAGUUGUUGGUGCAUGGCGAUGCGGAAAUACGGGAUCUGAUCAUUCCAGAGUUCUAUGGCCAUGUGAAGAGGCUCAUUCGGCAUCCCGAAGCCUCAUGGAUCUUGGACGAUAUCUACCGGACCGUGGCCACUCCCAUGCAGAAGUACAGGCUGUUGCGAGAAUGGUACGGCAUGGAAUUUACCCUUAUGAAAAAUGAGACGAGUGAUGAGAUUCUAGCACUACCUGAGAUACUGGAAAAGAGCCCGGAGAAGCGUGCGCCUAUCAUGCAGCAUCUCCACGGGAUGAUCAACCAACUUAUUCAGAAGAAGACUACGGGUUUCACAAUGCUCCAUGAUGCGAUGUUGCAGUACUUCCUGAGCACGAAGCCCGGGAGCACUGAGGCGAAUGAGUUUAUCGAGUUGCUCAAGGGAGAUGAGGACGGAGACCUGGCGAAGAAUCUAGCCUUCACCAAGUCCGGCGCAAGACUCAUGUGCCUAGCAUUGGCAUACUCGAAUGCCAAAGACCGAAAGCUGCUGCUCCGAAUGUACCGUGACACCGUGAAGCUGAUGUCUGGAGACGUCCACGGCCACGCCGUGCUCCUGGUCGCGUAUGAAGUCGUGGACGACACGAAGCUGACCCAGAAGCUACUACUGGCCGAGCUGCUUAGCCAGGACGACCUUGUUCCGCGGGCCAACGACCAACUGGCUCGCAUUCCGUUACUGUAUCCAUUUGCUGGUAAGAAGAACGGAUGGCUCAUCACCGAUACAGACCGCCAGAUCCUGGAUGAAGUCUUUGAGAUUAGAUCACAGACCUCCAAGAAGGACCCUGACGUCCGACGACGCGAGCUCAUCGCUGCGGCGUCCCCAGCUCUACUGGAAUGCAUUGUCUCCAACGCCGCAGCCUUGGCAGAAACCAGCUUUGGAGCUCGGUUCAUUACAGAGGUACUUUUCGACAGCACCGGAGACAAGGCCGCUGCCCUCGAGUCCGUUGCAGCACUGGCAGACUCCGAGGGCGACGUCCUCAAGUCUCCAAACGCUGGUCGAAUGCUGAAGGCUCUCAUCCAGGGCGGACGAUUCAACAAUGCUACAAAGAAGGUAGAGCCGGUGCAGCCUCCGCUCAACUUCGACUCCCUCCUCUACAGCCACAUAAAGGAUAACAUCAAGUCAUGGGCUACCGAGUGGAAUCCGUUCGUUGUUGUUGCCCUGCUGGAGUCCGAGAGCUUCGACAAGAGAGACGAGCUCAUAUCGACCCUGAAGACGAGCAAGAACCAGCUGACGGAGCUGUCGAAGAAGUCCAAGGGAGAGGGAGAAGAGAAGCGCGACCCGGCAAGCAGCGCUGCAAAGCUGCUCCUGGAAAUGAUUGCGUGA